AUGUGCAUUGCACCAAAUAAAGAUGUGACAGGAGAGGAACAACAAGUGAAAGGAAUUACGAGUACUACUCAUGAUGAUGAUAUUUUUAAUUGUUGUACAAACACUAUUAACAACAACAACAACAACAACCAACAACAUCAAUUUAAUAGUAAUAAUAUCAUAAUAAUGUAUCAUAGUAAUAGUAAUAAUAAUUUAAUAAUAAUAUUAAUAUUUUUAAUAUUAACAUGUUGUAUACUCACCGACAAUAAUAAUAAUCAUAGAGUGGAUGCUUCACCACCAAGAAAGCUACCGCCAGAGGAAGAAGAGGGUCUUAUAUUUAGUGAUGACUCUGUCCUUGAAAAUAGUAAUGAUCUGUUAACAGAAAAGCCCAAACAACAACAACAACAACACCAACAAACUUCAUCAUCCAAAUCACAUCGUCUAUCCGAAGCUGAAUUACUUUUAAAUGGAGUUGGUGAUGAUUUUGAACAACCUCCUCUUCUUCCUCCUAAACCUACUACCUCUUCGACUACCACCACUACCACUGGAAAGAUAUUACCACCCAAGACUACUACCACAACGACUGGUCCAAAAUCAACUCUUCCUCCUCUUUCAACAACCACUGGAACUGGAUCCAAACCAUCCUUACCUCCACAUACUGGUACUACGACGACAAGUAAACCACGUAUUACAACUUCAACUUCAACUUCCACUACGACCACUGGUAAACCUCCAGUCACAUCGAAACCAUCUUUACCACCACUUUCUACGACUACUGGAACUGGAACAACCAAACCGUCGGUAAUACCUCCAACAACUAUAAAACCUUCUCUUACUCCACUCACAACAUCAAAUAUAAAACCUCGUGCAACUACUACUACUUCAAGCACAACUGGUAACAAAUUACCUCCAAUUGAUGGGGAAGAAGAAGAACCUCCUCAAGAUGAAGAUGAAUUAUUUACUCCUACAAAAAAGCCAACAAGGGUACCAAUACGAUCAACUACUACUACUACUACAGCUACACCCAAAUCUACAACAACUACUACUAAAACUGGUACAACUACAUCUAAAAUUGGUACGACAACAACAUCUAAAAUUAGUACACCUACACCAAUAACAAAAUUAACAGUACCACCAAAAAACGUAGAACCAACCAAGUCAUCAACUCUAACAACAUUGACAGGUAGAACUAUUGGUGGUAGUAGUAGAACCACAGGUAAACAUGGAUUAGAUGAAAUACCAUCUGGUAAUGAUGAUGAAGAAUUGUUAUUCCCAAAGGGUGCAUCCUCUGCCUCCUCUUCUUUAACUUCAAAAAGUACAAAUGGUGGAACUGGUAAAAUACCAAAACAAACCAAAGCACCAACUCCAAAACCAACCCUUGUACCAAGAAAGGUUAAUGAAAUCAAUGGUCCUAUUCCAUUAGGUCCUUGUGGUUCUGGAUCAUGUAUUGCAACAGAACAAUUAUCAGUUAGAGGAAUGUGUCAAUUACCAGUACCGACGGCAAUGGGAAUGGCAGCAAUUAGUAAAGGAUUCUUUUCAGGUGGACAGAGAUGUGGACAAUGUUUUAGAUUGACUGGACCGCUUGGAAGUGUUGUGGUCAUGGUGACAGACAUGUGUAACCAAGGUGAGGAUUGCGGUCAGACUGAUAGAGCUCACUUUAUCAUUGCCAAUGUCGACUAUGAAAAGAUAGCUCUACGUAACCAAACAAGCGAGAUUUAUUCGUUGGGUUACCAAGAAGUAUCGUGUGAACACGAAGGCAACAUCAAUGCGACGUUUUUGGGUGGUGGAGAGGGGUCGAUGGACUAUGCAUACUAUUUCCGUGUCAUGUUUUCAAACUAUGCAGUUGGUAUUACAUCGGUGCAAGUCAGAGGCACCGGUAUGAAGGGAUACCAAAAGAUGAAGUUGGAGAAUGGAGGGUGGACGUGGAACAAGGCAGACAAUGGCCCAAAGUUUGCAUUCCCUGGUAGUUUGUUGGUUGGUGGGUCGGAUGGCGAGUACAUGGCCUACGAGUUUGACAAGGCCAAGGGUAACCUGGCCUACAACACAUUGAAGCAGUUCACUCCGAGCCCGGGUGUCAACGACACCAAGAUAUGCACGUUGGCACUGGUACCCGAGUACAUGUACGACGACCAUCUUACCUAUGGCUGGGACGUCUACCAAAGCUUCAACUUUACAGAGUUUACAAUUGAUGAUACAAACGACCCGUACAGUGGUAUCACUAAUAUUAGAAUAGAACUAGAGGCGUACGGUGGUGUAGUGUUUAGUCGUGAAGGUGGGUUCACUACAAAGUACCUAAAAUCUGUAUCGUUUGCAUGCAAGGUACAUAAAGGUAAACCUAUCCCAUCGUUACGUAUCUACUUUGAAAAGUCUGGUAUCCCCACAUCACUACCCAAUCAGUUGUCGUAUGAAUGGCAAAUAUUUACAGUCUAUGUUGACGGUCUGCAACCCAAUGACAUUGAAUAUGCGCUCGCCUUCAAGAGUGCACUUGGUGUACAGACCGUUAUCUAUCUCGACUAUAUCAAAUGGGAGUUUACAACUGAUAUUCCAGACUCACCCGAAGUUGAAGCUCAUACAGGUAACCCUGCUCAACUAUCCACCAUGUCACGUCCAUUAAUUACAACCUCUACAGGCGCCACAUCUGGUACCAGUCUAGGAUCCUCUUCACUUGGUGGUAUCCUCGACUACCUUGAUUCCUCCUCAACCACAUACGGUCUACUUGGUACUACCAAUACUGGUGGAUCCCGUAAAAACCUCAAUACCACAGAUAAUAGUAAUGAUGCAUCAUCCCAUCUCAACUCUAUUCCAACAACAACAACAAUCAAAAUUAUUUUAUUAUCAUUAUCAAUUCUAAUUAUUAUUUAA